AUGAUUCCACGGAUACGGACGGGCCUGUUGGCGCUGUCCGCCUUCUUCGCGUGUCUGCAGGUAGCGAUAGCUGCGGAUAGCAUAAGGACCAUUGAAUACACGGGCGAGGAUGGUACGGUCUUGUUGGCAGACAACCGCAGACCCUCAAUCUACACCCAGAAUUUUGGCGACUGCACGCAAGACAGUACCAUCAAUUUCACUCGCUUCGACGCCGCCUACUACAAGGACAACAUGACGGUGCAGUUUCACCUCGGUGGUACCACUGGAGUGGCUACCGACAAUGUCAUGCUGUACAUUGGUGUUUAUGCGUAUGGAAACAAGUACUUUGAACAGAUCUUCAACCCUUGCAGUGCAAAUAUUGCCAGCCUAUGUCCUAUGAACAGCAGUGUUCCCAUCUACGGCGAAGGCAUCAUCCCCGUGUCGAACGCAGAUGUGGCGGCCAUUCCAUCCAUCGCCCUGAGUAUUCCUGAUUUCGAGGGCGAGGCCAUUCUCCGCAUCUUUUCCAACACCUCGCAAAGCCAGAUCGCCUGUUCCUCUGCAGUCCUCACCAAUGGAGCCUCUUUCAGCCAUCCCGCUGCUGUCGGGUCAGUGCUUGGAGUCUUCACGUUCGUGGCGUUGAUCGCAUCCUUCGCGACUGCCAUCUAUGGAGAAGCGGUUCCCACCAUGAGGCUGCACUACGCUCACUCUCUAUCUGUCGGCGUUGUGUUUGCAGUGUGGCAUCACAUUUUCUUCACGGGAGCUUUGUCGGUCAACUGGCCGUCCGUGUUGCCCGCAUGGUGGAGCAACUUUGCUUGGGCGGGUGGCAUGAUCUACAGCUCGAGCAUGCAAAGCAGCAUUGAUAAACUAAUUGGUAACAACAUCGGCAACACCUCGUCAGUCGGCGCUGCGCAAUCUGGCAGCGACAAUGCCAAUGUGGGCGGCGGCUUUGAACUCAGCUUGCUCUACAAGAGAGCGUUCUCCUCUGGCAUGAAGCGAGCGGCCAACCAUCCUCUUCUCAGCGACAUCGCUUCAGGAAUUUACGGGCGCGAUCCGAGUGUCGUCCUCAGGCGGGACAUUGUACAACGACAGGUAGAGCGCGCCCUCCAAUCCCGUGCUGCUCCUAGUGUUGGCGGUGAUGGCUACAUAUGGGGCGGAAACCCCGUUCCAGCUGGCUUACCUUUGCCGGGCAAUUACUCGGGGUUCGCGGGUAAUCUUGCCACAGAGCGCAUUCGAGUCAGCAACGCAUUCAUGACGGGACUGCUGUGGUUCAUCAUCCUCCUCGUGCUUUUGGUCUCUGCUGUGGUUGCCCUCAAGUGGAGCCUGGAGGGCCUUGCUCGCUUCAAGGCCAUUCAGGAGAACAGGCUCAAGUUCUUUCGCGAUCACUGGAUUCGCUACACCAUGGCUGUUGSGCUCAGGACUUGUUACAUUGCCUUCUUCGUGAUCAUGUUCUUGUCAAUCUUCCAAUUCACCUACGAAUCCUCUGGUGGUGUCAAAGCGAUCGCUGCGAUCUUCUUCAUCCUAUUCUUUAUCGGGAUGCUGGGCGUGRCCGCCUAUGCGUACUGGUACAAAGUCAACGUCACAGAGACUGGCUCGCAUGCCCAUAGCAACGAGCGCAAGACGCUCCUGAGCAGGAUGCCAUGGUUUGGAUCGAAAAGUACUCAAAUUGCYUCAGUCGAUGCAGUUACAGCCGAACAGCAGAACAAGCUCGGGCAGGAGAAAGCCAGCAUACCUUCAAAGCGAAGUGGUAACACACUGGUCGAUGGCGGACAAAAGAGCAUACACGACGAUGAGGACUACAUCAUGAAGUUUGGUUGGCUGGCUGCCCGCUUUCGGCGAACGCGGUGGUGGUUCUUCACAUACUGGCUGCUGUACGAGUUCAUCCGCGCAGUGUUUUACGGCGGCGCCUCGGGUCUCGCKAAAGCUCAAGUGUUUGGACUCCUGGUCAUCGAAGUGGUAGCGUUUGCAUUCGUCAUCUGGAUGCGGCCAUUCGAAGGGCAGCGACUUAACAUCAUCGUGGUCUACUGCCUUGGCUUCAGCAAGGUGACCAGUGUCGGCCUCUCGGCUGCGUUUGAUGUCGGCUUCAACGUUGCUCGCAUACCCACGACGGUGAUCGGCGUCGUCAUCAUUGUGAUACAAGGCAUCUUGACCAUCAUCACAAUGAUCGCGAUUUUUAUUGGUGCCAUCAGCUCUUACAUGUCUGUAUCACGCAACCGGGAAGACUUCAGGCCCAGGAAGUGGCAUGGCAGACGCGAGAAAUACUUUGACCACAUGGAUGAGGCAGUCCACGACCUUCCUAAAGUGAAGAAGGCGAAGAAGGAGAAAGAAGUCCCACCACCGGAAGAAGAGCCUAAGAUCGGCUUCGAGAUGACCAACGUCCGGCGAUUGGCCAAAAUCGAAGACGAAGACACCGACUUUUCCCGCGAGAUGCUUGGCGAUACGAAUGCGUCUCAAGUCAACAUUGACGAGAGCCGCUCGAUGAGAGACACUCCAGGAAGCAGGUCAAACAGCAGGGCGCAGAGCGUGAGGAGCGUCAGUACCAUGAACCUUCCAUACGGUGCGAGACCACACCGACCCAGCUGGUCGACCAGGGAUUUCCAGCGUCUAGAAGCAUAUGGUGGUGAUGGCGCGUCUGAGCCGGUUGACAUUGCUCGAAGUGUGUCCGAUGACGGAGCGGCCUUGUCAAAAACCGCAGGCAAAUCACCAGUCGGGACAAAGUCUCGCAGUAUUACCAUGCCCGUAGGCGUAGGCGUCGUACCUCAGACGAGCAGAGAUUCAUUACGUGUCGGAGGGAGAACAAGCACAUUGGACAUCAUCGGCGAUGUACCAGCGCCCACGGUUCGGCCGCGCGCGGGGACUGGAGGUUCCAGAGGCCCUCCGCGUAGUAUUUCGAGUGCCUAUGGCCUACUUUCCGAUUCGAACAGGAGCGUUGACCAGCUGAGUAUCGAAUCGGACUCACGGCCUGGUAGCGCGCGCAACUCACAACUUUAUCACCCAACCAUUUCUGCUCGGGGCCAAGUGCUGACCCCGGCGCAAGAGGUGGAGGAGUGGGCCAUUCCACCCACGACGACUCGGCAAGAAUAG